GAUUUGGAGCACGGCAUCACCAGCGUUUCUUUCUUUUAUUCAGCGUUGGGCCCUUGCACAGUGACCUGGAGUACACCGUGUCCUCGCAGAAGGAGGGCUAUGUUUUGACUGCAGUGGAAGGAACCAUAGGCGACUUUAAGGCUUAUGCCUUGGCAGGCGUGAGCUUUGAGAUAAAAGCUGAAGACGACCAGCCCCUCCCUGGGGUCCUCUUAUCCCUCAGCGGCGGUGUGUUCCGUUCCAACCUCCUGACUCAGGACAACGGUGUCCUGACCUUCUCAAACCUGAGCCCUGGCCAGUACUACUUCAAGCCCAUGAUGAAGGAAUUCCGGUUUGAGCCGUCCUCGCAGAUGAUAGAGGUGCAGGAGGGGCAGAACCUGAAGAUCACCAUCACAGGCUACCGCACGGCCUACAGUUGCUAUGGUACAGUUUCUUCCUUAAACGGAGAACCAGAACAGGGUGUUGCCGUGGAAGCAGUGGGCCAGAGCGACUGCAGUAUUUAUGGAGAAGACACCGUGACGGACGAGGAAGGGAAGUUCAGGUUACGUGGAUUGCUGCCAGGCUGUGUGUACCACGUUCAGCUCAAGGCAGAAGGCAACGACCACAUCGAACGAGCCCUCCCCCACCACCGGGUCAUUGUGGUCGGGAAUAAUGACAUCGAUGAUGUGAACAUCAUAGUUUUCCGGCAGAUAAAUCAAUUCGACUUAAGUGGAAAUGUGAUCACUUCCUCUGAGUAUCUUCCUACAUUAUGGGUGAAGCUUUACAAAAGCGACAACCUCGACAACCCGAUCCAGACGGUGUCCCUGGGCCAGUCCCUCUUCUUCCACUUCCCGCCCCUGCUCAGGGAUGGCCAGAAUUACGUGGUACUUCUGGACUCCACGCUGCCCAGGUCCCAGUACGACUUCGUCCUGCCGCAGGUGUCCUUCACGGCAGCGGGCUACCACAAACACAUCACCCUGGUCUUCAGCCCUACGAGGAAGUUGCCCGAGCAGGACAUCGCCCAGGGAUCGUACAUCGCCCUGCCCCUGACGCUGCUCGUCCUGCUGGCCGGCUACAACCACGACAAGCUCAUCCCCUUGCUGCUGCAGCUGACAAGCCGCCUGCAGGGAGUCCGAGCCCUUGGCCAGACAGCCUCUGACAACAGCGGCCCGGAAGACGCGAAGAGACAAGCCAAGAAACAGAAGACAAGGCGGACGUGAGGGGUGUCCCUCGGGACAGGCCCUGGAGUGGAGGACGCAUGUGACUCUUGUCAUCAGCUCCGCGGGUGCAGCCACCCGUCAGCUUCCUCUCCCCGGCCCCGACGUGACACCAUGAAGGGACCCUCCUGUCACUCUGCAGAGCACAAUUGAUUUUCUGAGUCGAAGAUAAUUUAUUAUUUUUACUUUUGUCACAGAAGUGUUUAAGCUGUGCUGGUGGUGUGUGAAUGUUAUCCUGAGUCUUCCAGCUUCAUUUGCAAAAAGAAUUCCAGUCAGUGGGGGUCUUGACUCCCAAAUCAAGCUCCUGUUGGACUGAUCUUCCCCUUAACGCCCCUAUGUGUCUGAGGUCCCUGCUGGAAACCGCACAGCCUGUGUGUACUCCUAGGACGGUGUGUUAUGCGGUAAAAAAUCAAUAAAACGGCCCACUUGUUUGUGUUGUA